UCCCUCUUGAGUAUUACACUGCACCUAAUCCACUCCAUAUAUAUAUAUAUAUAUAUAUAUAUAUAACUAAAUUUCGUUAUUACAUCCUAAAAUUAUUUGCUGAUCAGAAGAGAUAGAGAGAGAGAGAGAGAGAAAUGGUUUCCACAAGGAUGCAGAAGAGGAUAGCAUUGCGCAGAAAGCUUCACAUUCGGCCAACUCUUACCCAUUCCAAAUCCGUGAAAAGGAGCUCUAUCGUCAUGGAUACUUUUCUCUACAUUCAUCUACUGAAACUCAGAUUGGAAGCAGCUCAAAAAGACUACUUAAACCUUAUGAAACAUUUCCUCAAGCCCAAGGUGCAGGAAGUGAAAGUUGAGAAGAACAAUGAGGGAGGGUUUGCUGUAAGUGUGACCUGUGAGAAAGAAGGAGAUACUCUGGUCUCUGUUUUAGAGGCUUUUGAGGAAAUGGGUCUUCAUAUUGUGGAAGCAAGAGUUUCUUGCAACGAUUUGUUUGCCAUGGAAGCCACUGCUGUACCUCAAAACCAAGUAGCCAUGGAUGUCAGAGAUGUCACACAAGCUAUCAUAAAGGCAACUGAAAAGCAUCAACAAUUUGGCACCAAGGGCAUGAAUUAAUUGAGAACUUUUGCAAUUUACCUACCUACCUGCUCGCUCUUCCUUGUUUGUUUUCAUUAAUAAAACACAUUGAUUUUGUAUCUCGUAAUUAUGUGUAUUUGUCACUUUUUCUUUCUGGAGGGUAAAAGACAAAACAUGGUGGUGAAAUGGGGGUUCCCUCUGAAGUAUGUUGGUAAAUAUUAGCAUUUGCAUUUAUUUUAGUAAAACUACAAUUAUUAGAGUCCAAACUUCACUUUGUAAGUGAUAUAUGUUUGAAUUAAGGAUAGUAUCAUUCUUGUACUACAGCAAGGGCCUUUUAUUUAUUUAUUUAUUUA